AACGGGACAUUGUUUUUGUGUGUCACUCUGAACGAGAAAAUAUUACAGAAGUUGAAGUUUCGUAAAUUUUACGUUUUAGCUUAUUUCAAGAAUCGAACGCAGCAAACGAUACAGAUAUGAGCGAUGUGCAAACAUUAAUGGACAUGGGUUUUCCCAAAGAGAGAGUUGAAUAUGCCUUGCAGGUGACCAGCCACAAGGGAGUCGAGAUGGCCAUGGAAUGGCUCUUGGCUCAUGGUGAUGAAGAGAUUCCAGCUGCCGCCGCCGCCGCCGCACCAGCUGCCCCGGCUGCCGAUACAGCCACAGCUACAGCUGCAACUGCAUCGCAGGACAAUGCACCAAGCAGCAGCGGAGCAACUGAAGCUGUGGCUAAGUCGCUAAAGUGCGACGAUUGCGGCAAGGUGCUAAAGGAUCAGACAGAGGUUGAAUACCAUGCCGCGAAGACGGGACACGCCAAUUUCUCCGAGUCCACCGAAGAGAAGAAAGCACUCACCGAGGAGGAGAAGAAGGAACAGCUCGCUCUCAUCGAAGAGAAACUCAAACAGAAGCGCGUCGAGCGCGAGGAGCGUGAAAAGGCCGAUGCCCUGGAGCGCGAACGCAAUCGCAUCCGCUCCGGCAAGGACAUGACUGAGGCACGUCGUCGCAUGGAAGAGAUCGAGAUGAAGAAAAUUGUGGAUCAACGCAAGCGCGAAAAGGAAGAAGAGAAGGCUGCCCGUGAUCGCGUGCGUGCCAAGAUCGAGGCUGACAAAGCAGCACGCAAAGCCAGAGAGCUAAAGGACAGUCCCCAACUGUCGGAUGCCGUAGCUUCGGUCAGUUCCACCACCACUUCGGUCACAUCGCCAACAAGUGUUAAAUCGCCGCCGCGUGAAUACACCGAGACACGCAUCCAGGUGCGACUGCAGGAUGGUUCAACGCUGACUUCCGAGUUCAAUGUGAAGGAACCACUGUCCGCUGUGCGUGUCUUCAUCCAGGUGAAGACUGGAAUCGAGACACCGUUCGCCCUGAUGACUUCGUUUCCGCGUAAGCACUUUGGCGACGAUGACUAUGAGAAACCGCUUGAGGUGCUCGGCCUGGUGCCGUCCGCUGUCAUCAUUAUGACUAAAGCCGCGGCGUAAAUCUAUCCAACGAAUCACAAAGAAUUAAACAAAACAUUUAUAACUAUACACAUACUAUAUACAAAAUACGAUACAUUAUAUAUUUAAUAAAUAUUUCCAGUCGCCCUCGAGAGGCUGGGGCGUAAAAUCGGCGA